AGAUGUGAGUGAAUGAAUUAACAAUAUGUGUAGCUAAAACCUAACCUAAUUAAUUUUCCUACGUGUAAGAUUUAUCCCUAAUUUAUUAGCAAUAAGUAUAAAACAUUUUUAAAUGUAAGAACGUGUUACAUUCUUAUAGCCCUUAAUUAUACCUGUAAUUGCAAUUUUAUCAGAGUGGGAAACAUGUCGAAUUGGGAAGAAAAGAAGCAUCUUAUCACUCGAAACUUGCAAGAAGUUUUGGGUGAAGAGAAACUGACCGAAAUUUUGAAGCAAAGGGAUUUAAAACUUUACUGGGGCACUGCAACUACUGGUCGUCCUCAUGUCGCUUACUUUGUCCCCAUGUCCAAAAUAGCAGAUUUCCUCAAGGCUGGUUGUGAGGUAACAAUACUGUUUGCCGAUUUACAUGCUUAUUUAGAUAAUAUGAAAGCACCCUGGGAAUUAUUGGCUCUUCGGACUCAGUAUUAUGAAGCUGCUAUUAAAGCAAUGUUACAAUCAAUUGAUGUGCCUUUAGAUAAACUAAAAUUUAUAAGAGGCACUGAAUAUCAGUUGAAUAAAGAAUAUACCCUUGAUGUAUACCGUAUGACAUCUGUCAUAACGGAUCAUGAUGCUAGAAAAGCAGGUGCAGAAGUGGUAAAACAGGUAGAUCAUCCUUUAUUAAGUGGCCUCCUUUACCCUGGACUGCAAGCAUUGGAUGAAGAAUAUCUUAAAGUUGAUGCUCAGUUUGGAGGCGUUGAUCAGAGAAAAAUAUUUACCAUGGCUGAAAAAUACUUGCCACAACUAGGUUAUGCAAAAAGAAUUCACCUUAUGAAUCCUAUGGUACCAGGGUUGACUGGUGGGAAAAUGUCUGCCUCAGAGGAGGACAGCAAGAUUGAUUUAUUGGAUAAUCCUGCAAAUGUUAAGAAGAAGCUCAAGAAGGCUUUCUGUGAACCAGGAAAUAUAACAGAAAAUGGAGUGCUAUCUUUCACCAAGCAUGUUGUAUUUCCUCUUUUUAAGCCUGGGGAAUUCUUUAAAAUUUCUAGAGCACCUGAAUUUGGUGGUGAUAUUGAAUUCUCCAACUUUGAUGAUUUAGAAUCUGCUUUUGCUAAACAAGAAGUACAUCCUGGAGAUUUGAAAGCAUCAGUUGAACAAGCUAUUAAUCGACUUUUGGGACCCAUUCAGGAAAUAUUUAAAGACCCUAAACUUCAAGAGUUAGCUAAAAAAGCUUACCCGCCCCCAACUAAAGUUAAGGGUAAUAUAAGUCCAGUUGUGGAUGAAAUUACUCCUUCAAAAUUAGAUAUAAGAGUUGGAAGAAUUGUAGAUGUUUCAAGGCAUCCUGAUGCCGAUGCUCUGUAUGUAGAGAAAAUAGAUUUAGGAGAAGCAGAACCACGAACCGUUGUUUCUGGAUUGGUUAACUUUGUACCUAUUGAAGAAAUGAAAAAUAGGGAAGUAGUGGUUCUGUGUAAUUUGAAGCCGGCUAAAAUGCGUGGUGUAGAAUCAAAAGGCAUGGUUCUAUGUGCAUCUAUAGAUGACCCUAAACAAGUAGAGCCUUUAUCAGCUCCAGAAGGAAGUAAACCCGGUGACAGAAUUGUUGUUGAAAAUUAUGAAACUGGUGAGCCAGAUGAUGUCCUCAAUCCAAAAAAGAAAGUUUGGGACAAACUCCAAGUUGACUUAAAAACGAAUGACAGUCUGUUAGCGGUGUGGCAAGGAAACAAACUAAUCAAUAAGAUUAAUGGCAACCCAGUAACAACAAAAUCAAUGAAGAAUGCUCCAAUCAAGUAAAUUUAUUUUUUAUUUAAAUUGCUCUCAGUGUACAGUUUGGUUGUUGUACUUUAAGUAUGCAUUUGUAACUGAUAUUUAUUAUUUUUAAUAAAUUAUUUUAUUUUCA